AUGACGCUUCUUCUUACACCGCAAGAACUCGUGGAAGAAUUAUCACAUAUAAAUCCCCAAAUUGCAUCGAAAAGAACUGUAGACCAUUUAUUGUACAAAACAACAUUAAGGAAACUUCAGCAGGGUCUAAAUGAGAACGUUGAACUAUUUGGUGUUGCAGGUCAAGCAGGAGUCAAUCAAUUGGGUGGUGUGUUUGUUAACGGGAGGCCAUUGCCCGAUUGCGUUCGUCAGAGGAUCGUGCAACUCGCCUUGGUCGGCGUCAGACCCUGCGAUAUAUCGCGACAACUUCUGGUCUCCCAUGGAUGCGUCUCGAAGAUCCUCACGAGAUUCUACGAAACGGGGAGCAUUCAACCAGGAAGCAUCGGAGGAAGCAAAACGAAACAAGUGGCCACCCCCACGGUUGUGAAGAAGAUACUACGAAUGAAGCAGGAACAGCCGACGAUGUUCGCCUGGGAGAUCCGAGAGCAGCUCGCGCGACAGGGAGCCUGCGAUCCGCAGAGCUUGCCCUCCAUCUCUUCGGUAAAUCGAAUUCUUCGGGGUGGUGGACUUCAUACCGAUCACACGGGGAUCGAGAGGGGUUCUUCCAGCACGUACGCUUCGCAAGUUUCCUCCAACGUCGCUAAUAGAGACGCGCUCAUGAGAACGGACUACCAAUUAUUUUAUCCGGGAACAUUGGGACCAUUGCACAUCUCCACGACUUCCGGCAAUACCAGCGCGCCAUCUUGGAAUCCGAGCUUUUACUCGUCUCUUUAUCAGGCAACUACGCUGCAUUUGCAUCACGGAAUGCAAUCAUUCACAUCGUUAGACGUAGAACGUCUGUCGGAACAGAGCGGACCAACGAACCAGGUCGACUUGAAGUCGAGCUCGAGCUCGAUGGCUGGCAGCGACGACUCGCUGGACAAGAGCGACCUAGACGAGAACACGGAGUCCCAGGACCAUUACAAGCCGUUCCAGAAUUCGCCCAUAAUCCUGGAACUCGGACAGAAGAUUGGCAGUGACCGCAGCGCGUUUGUGAGACACAGUACGUCCGGUGCCUCCGGAAACCUCGAGAACCGACAGAGUCCACCACCGACGACCACUGACAAGCAGAAGAUAGCGUCUCCGCGAACACUGGAAACCGGAAACGAACAGAGCACCAUGGCCAAAGAAGCGGCGGUCGAGGGUAGACCGCCGCAACCUCAGAGAAAGAGGAACCCUUACUCGAUAGAGGAGCUUCUGAAGAAAGACGAGGGUAAGAGCACCUCGAAGAGGCCGAAAUUGAUGAAUCUCGGCGUGGUUCAACCCUGCGGAAUCAUCCUGAACAAGGAAAUUUAAGGAGCUGCGAAUGGACGAUGGGAGAAUGGAGGAACAGGAGAAGGUUUCAAGAUCUGGCGAUAGAGGCUAUGAUGAUCGUCUGGAUUUGGGAGAAUUUUCGAUACGAUAGGAGAUGGAGUAAAGUUGGUGGCAGAGAGACGUCGAAGAUUAUGAUGAUUUUUGAAUGCAAAGAAUAGAGGCUAAAAUAGAGAAAGUUGGAAGAAUCGAUUGAUCGAUGAGUAUAAAUAGAUGACGGAGUUGGGUUGGGUUUAUGUUUGGUAUUCGUGGAUCUAUGUUUCUAAGAUUUAUUGACACGAGCAAAUAAGAUUUCCAGAAUGAAUGUUAAUAUUGGUCAUUUUUGUUGAUCUACCGCGACU